GGACAGAGAAGUUGUCAACAUCUGCAGAGCUAUCUUGCUGAUCGCUUUCUACCUUUUGUCUAUUCCAUUUGCACAAAAACACAUGAAGUUGUCAGAUUUGCUUUCUAAUUGGACAGUUUAAUUACACAAUAAUUGACUUGGAGUAACACAGUCGUUUAGGUUUUCCCAUUAUUUUUUUUAAGCAGUGUGUUUAGAUGUGUUUCCUCUCUAUGAGAAGUAAAAUAUUAUGUUGCAAUAAAAUCCUAUUAAAUUGAAUCUUCCAUUUCCAUUUAAUGUUAUUAUAAGGGUUCAAAGAAUGAUGGUCAAACGUUUGGCUCUCACAUAUUUUCACCUCGAAGUCUGGCUCUCUGUAAAAAAAAAAAAAAGAGGGUAUUUUAGGUUGUUCCACGAAUCCAAAAAUGUUAUUAUUGCGGUUCAAAUAUAGAUUAAGAUUAUAGCAAUUUUACUCAUAAUUUUAAACGGGUAUAAUCUCCCAAAAUGUAUGAUUUAUUUAUGAUUUUCUCCCGUGGGUUCAUCUGUCCGGUUGUUUGUAUUGAAGAAAAUGUGUUACUGUCCCUUUAAAUAAGCUCCGCCUUCUCCUCCAUCUAACAUCCGCGCCCCCACCUCCUUCUGAACACUUUCACAUCAACAAUGAGUGUCUUUGCAGUCUUCAGUCAAAAACACCUCCGUAGUUCAAUAAACAGUUGGGAUUAUUUUGCGUUUCGCUUGUAAUCUUGCACGAGAGCAGCUCGUGACAGUAACCAGAGGGCGAAAUAAGGAGUUACAAAUUAAAAACAGGAAGCCAAGAAAAGCGUGGGUGUGUCUGCGAUGGCUGGUGGAAGGAGAGGAGCAAAUCGCACCACAUAUUGCAGGCCGCCGGUGAGCAAUGACCAAGGAUCUGUCAGCAAUGGCAACCACACCACCAGCUCUCCAGUCACAGGGGUGCGAUCCCGUACAAGGAAUGGCUCGGGGACGUGCAUGUCCAGCCCCCCGCUCGCCGCUCAAACCGUCGUUCCUUUGAAGCACUGCAAGAUCCCGGAGCUGUCCGUGGAUCAAAACGUGUUGUUUGAGCUGCAUCUUUUCUUCUGUCACCUCAUUGCUCUGUUUGUUCACUAUGUCAACAUCUACAAGAGUGUGUGGUGGUAUCCCCCGUCACACCCUCCCUCUCACACAUCACUGAACUUCCAUCUAAUCGAUUACAACAUGCUGGUGUUCACAAUCAUCAUUCUUGCAAGGAGGCUAAUUGCAGCGAUUGUGAAAGAGGCAUCACAAAGUGGGAAACUCUCUUUCCCUCACUCAAUAUUUUUGGUAAUGGCUCGGUUUGCAGUGCUGACGCUGACAGGCUGGAGCCUGUGCCGCUCUCUCAUUUACCUCUUCAGAACCUACUCUGUUCUCAGCUUGCUUUUCCUUUGCUACCCGUUUGGGAUGUAUAUCCCUCUGUUCUGGUUAAGCUGUGACCUCCGUCGAGCAGGUCCCCUUUCCCCCAUCGCCAGCAUUGGCUCCAAAGAGGCCGGCGGCGCGAGUCGAGGCAGGGACUACCUGUCCGUGCUGAAGGAGACGUGGAAGCAGCACACCAGCCAGCUGUACGGCGUCCAGGCCAUGCCCACUCACUCCUGCUGCAUCUCGCCCGACCUCAUCCGCAAGGAGGUGGAGUACCUGAAGAUGGAUUUCAACUGGAGGAUGAAGGAAGUCCUCGUCAGCUCAAUGCUUAGUGCUUACUAUGUGGCGUUUGUACCUGUGUGGUUUGUAAAGAGUACCCAGUAUGUAGAUAAGCGAUGGUCAUGCGAGCUCUUCAUCCUCGUGUCAGUCAGUACGUCAGUCAUCCUCAUGAGGCACCUGCUGCCGCCUCGGUACUGUGAUCUGCUGCACAAAGCGGCAGCUCACCUCGGAUGCUGGCAGAAAGUAGACCCGGCGAGCUGCUCCAACGUCCUUCAGCACAUAUGGAGCGAAGAGUACAUGUGGCCACAGGGAGUCCUAGUAAAACACAAUAAAAACGUCUUUAAAGCCAUGGGCCACUAUAAUGUUGCAGUCCCAUCAGAUGUGUCGCAUUACCGAUUUUAUUUUUUCUUCAACAAGCCUUUACGAAUAUUGAAUAUCCUCAUCAUCCUCGAAGGCGCCAUGAUAUUCUACCAGCUUUACUCGCUGCUAUGUUCAGAGAAGUGGCAUCAGACGAUAUCGCUGGCUCUGAUUCUCUUCAGCAACUACUACGCCUUCUUCAAGCUCCUCAGAGACAGAAUAGUCCUCGGAAAGGCGUACUCGUACUCCAACAGCUCGUCAGACCAAAAAGUCAGUUAAGACUCUGCUUAAGUUGGCUGUUCUCAGUUUAGAA